AUGAACAUAAUUUUAGCUCCAAAGACAUGUGAGAAUUUCCGUGCACUUUGUACCGGGGAAGUCGGAAUGGCUCCGAACAAUAAAGCUCGUCUACACUACAAAGGAAGCGAAAUACAUAGAAUUGUUAGAAAGUUUAUGAUUCAGGGAGGAGACAUUACUGAUGGAGAUGGUCGAGGAGGGUUCUCAGUUUAUGGGCGCUACUUUGACGAUGAAAAAUUUGUCCUGAAGCACACAAAACCAUACUUGUUAUCAAUGGCCAACAAAGGCCCCAACUCGAAUUCGUCGCAAUUUUUUAUCACCACAGCACCUGCUCCACAUUGUAACGGAAAACAUGUUGUUUUUGGAGAGGUGGUCAGAGGACAAGAAACUGUUGAUCUCAUUGAAAAUCUUGAUGUGGACGAGAAAUCGAAGCCGCGUGGGAAAGUUCUUAUUACUAAUUGUGGAGAAAUGAUCAGAAAAAAGAAACUAGCGAAAACAGAAGAAGAGAUGGCAGCUUUAGAAGCAAAGAAAAAGAAAGAAGCGAGUGUUGAAAUUCCAGAUGUUCCAAAAUCGUGGCUUUACCGGGACAACGAUCAGGCUAAAACCACAUCCUCAACUACCACAGGAAAGCCAAGACGUCGAGAGAGGAGUCGAUCGAAGUCUCGUGAAUACCGCCCAGAGGUUGGAAGAAGAGGAGACCAUGAUAGUCGCCGAAUGUACCGCGAUGUGCGCAAAGAUGACUUCGGAAUCAAAGUUCGAGGACGUGGUGGAGUCCAAUUUCGACGCGAAAGAUCUGUGACUCCAGAUCACUGGAAACAAAACAAGCCAUCGAAAUGGACCGAGGAAAGUCGUCCUGUUGAUCUUCUCCCUUAG